AUGGGCAACAAGACCCGGUUACUCCGACGAAGCUAUCGUGGAACCAUCUCAGGCAAGGCGAAAGUCAUCAACGCGUAUAUCCGCCAGAGCGCCAAGCAGCUGUUUCUCCUGGCCGAGAACUUCUCCGGCCACAACAGCUCUAUCCCCGCUACCGGAUACGAGUCCAUCAACGAGCAUGCCUUAGCCACCGACGAUGACAUCCGCCUCAUGUCCCGGCUCUCGCACGGCAUCGCCCGUGACAUCAACGAAAUCAAGUCCUUGAGGAGGGAUGACCCGAGCGCGGCUAAGCAGAGAUUGCGCGGAGGAGGCCAACAACAAGUCACUUCCAGAAACGACGCACCAAGCCGUGGUGCUCAACCCGGCCAUCGGCCCCGUCACAAAGUCGAGUUUGCCUGCCACAAAUGCCACCGUGUCGACACCCCCGAGUGGCGGCCUGGCCCGGACGGUCCCAGCACUCUUUGCAACGUCUGCGGGCUGAUAUACGCCAAAAGAGAACGCAAAAAGGGCGACUCGACGGUGCCAACAUUCGGAUCCCACCAAAUUUCUUGA